GCAACUGAAAUUGCAGGCUAUAAGUACUUGGAGAUGUGCUAUAUAAUUGACAAGCACUUCCCAGAAGGUAGUGGUGGGCUAGCAAUUGAUCCUUAGUGGAUUCAAGCUUUUUCAGAAUCUCUAGCUCUUUAUAUUGAUAUCUCUUUAGUACUGCCUGGCUGAAACUCAAGCUUGAGAUUGACAUGGCAAGAACAACUCUUCUGGCUGUUCUCAAAUUCCUCAUGGCUUUGAUAUUUGCUGCUUGGGUAUCUCUUUGGCUUCUCAAGCCAACUCAGUUUUGGACAAGAAAAUGGAAAGCAGCUGAAGAUUUAGCAAGGCCUACUUUGUUUGGAUAUUAUGGUCUUAAUUAUGCUGUGUAUACAUUCCCUCUUUUCGCUCUGGCUAUUGUUGGGUCUGUCUACUUGAACUUGAAGCCCAGAGAACCAAUCAAGAGAAAAGGGAGGAGAGUUCUUGCAGGUUUCUCAAAUCCAUUGGUGGUGAACAAUCUUCUGGGAGUUUUAUCAAGUAUGGAAAUUGUUGCUGUCUUCCUCUUCAUGCUCCUCUUGGCUUGGACUUUCUAUGUCCGAAUUUCAAGUGAUUUCAAGAAAUUAAAGCCUGACAAAGCACUAAACUUGAAUCUAUGGCAACUGCAGUACCUAAGGGUGGCAACUCGGUUCGGUUUGUUAGCAGAAGCCUGCCUGGCAUUUCUUCUUCUCCCUGUACUAAGAGGGUUAGCCGUAUUUCGGAUACUUGGCAUUCAGUUUGAAGCUUCUAUAAGAUAUCAUAUCUGGCUUGGGACUACAAUGCUAUUUUGUGCUACUUUCCACGGUGUAAGCACCUUGUUCAUUUGGGGGGUCAGCCACCAUAUUCAAGAUGAGGUUUGGAAAUGGCAGAAUACUGGGCGCAUAUACCUUGCGGGGGAAAUCUGUCUAGUCACGGGGCUAGUGAUUUGGAUCACAGCACUGCCUCAAAUUAGGAGAAAAAAAUUUGAAAUAUUUUACUACACACACCAUCUAUACAUGGUUUUCCUAUUGUUCUUCUUGUUUCAUGCCGGAGACCGACACUUCUAUGCGAUCUUCCCUGGAAUAUUUCUGUUUGGACUAGACAAGCUACUUAGGAUCAUACAGUCUAGACCAGAAACUUGCAUUCUAUCAGCAAUAGUCUUCCCCUCUAAAGCUAUAGAGCUUGUACUACCAAAAGAUCCAGGACUCAAGUAUACCCCCACAAGUGUCCUAUUUCUGAAGGUACCAAGUAUAUCUAAAUAUCAGUGGCACUCAUUCAGCAUUAUUUCCAGCUCUAGUGUUGAUGCCAACUCAAUGUCUGUCCUGAUUAAAUCCGAAGGAUCCUGGACAAGUGCUCUUUCAAAUUUGAUACAAACCCAGCAGAAGUCAGAUGCUGAUUAUAUGAAAUGUGUGCCUGUUGCAGUAGAAGGUCCUUAUGGACCUGCCUCAAUGGAAUUCCUAAGGUAUGACAGUCUGCUUCUAGUUGCUGGAGGAAUCGGAAUAACCCCAUUUCUGAGCAUCAUACAAGAACUUGUUGCAGUGCUAAACAGUGUCCGAUACAAAGUCCUUCCUAGGAUGCAACUUGUAUUUGCUGUCAAGAAGGCUCAAGAUAUAUGUUUAUUGAACUCAAUUUCACCUCUAAUCUUUAACCAACCAGCUGAAAAGUGUCAUCUGAAAGUGAAGGUUUAUGUGACUCAAGAAGAGCAGUCUGGUGUUACAGUUAGAGAAGCAAUACUAGAUGAGUCUUCUCGAGUGCAAACAGUCAACUUUGACAUCAAAUCUUCAAAUUAUGCAAUAACUGGACUCGAAAGUCCACUCUGUGUGGCUGCCAUUGCUGGAAUCUCAUAUAUCCUGUUUCUCAUUCUUCUCAUCAUAUUCAAUCACAUUUUCAUUCCCUCCCAGAACAAGACUACCAAAGGAAAGACUCCAUCUCUGGGUGUAGAUCUGCUCAUCAUAUGUUCUUUCAUCGCUAUGCUGAUGUGCAUCAGCCUUGUACCACUUAUUGUAAGAUGGAGAAGACUAAAGAAACAGAACCGUCCAGUAUUCCAAAAACAAGGCAAAGCAUUGGAAAUAAGCCCAACAGAAGCAAGGGAUGCACUUGAGGAACAUGAAAUCCAUUUUGGAGGAAGGCCUAAUUUUGAAGAGAUCUUUGCAAAGUUUCCGAAUGAGAUUGGUGGAUCUGAUGUUGGAGUCCUGGUCUGUGGACCUCAAUCUAUGAAAGAUUCAGUGGCAUCAAUAUGCCAGCACAAGUCUGGAGGUUUAAAAGUGGGUGCUAAAAACAAUCAGAAAGCCAAUUUCAGAUUCCACUCUCUCAAUUUCGCACUCUAGUCACAGACUUUCAUGAGUUCCAUCCCUAAAUUAUCAAAUACCAUUGAACAUAGUUCAGUCGAUUUGCAUCCACAAAUGUAUAUUGAAAUAGUAUUUUGUCUCUGGCUCUCUGCUGAUUAAACAUAUUGCUUCGUACGCAUGUACAUGAUCAUGUCUCCGUGUAGCAUAUAUCUGAUCUUCAAAUUGUGAAGUUUUCUUCCGUUA